AUGACAAAUAGAAAUAUUAUCAUAGCCGAUUUUGAUGAAACUAUUACAUACGAUGAUACAAUUGCAGUGCUAUCUAAGUUGCCCUAUUUCGUAAGAUCACAAGCUUAUAGAUCGAGCAAUAACAAAUGUCAAUCGAAUGCUCCCUUAAAAAGUAUUCCUGAUUGGGAGUAUUUUGUGAAUUAUUAUAUGGAAGUAUAUUCAAAGAAUAUAAAUAGUAUCAAAAGAAAAUUACCAAUCCUUGAAUUUGAUCAAAAUAAUACCAGAGUAAACUAUUUAAGUAAAUUAAAUGCUGAGAUACAGUAUCAAGAUGAACUGAAAGAAUUAAUUGAGUUGAAAUCUGUUGAUAAUAUUGUAAAUAAUGGUACCUUUGCAGGAAUCUCAAUUGAUGAUUUGAAAAAUUAUUUAAAAUCAUUAGACCAAAAUGGAUCUAAUCUGAUCAGAAAAGAAUUCAAACACUAUAUCUUUGAAUUUAGGAAGGCAAAUAAAGAUGAAAAUAAUCUCUAUAUCAUUUCAAUUAAUUGGUCAAAGGAAUUUAUUUAUAAUUUGAUUAAUGGAAUUCAUGAUAAAUCAAAAGAUGAAACAAUUAAAUUGGAAAACAUUUAUUGCAACGAUUUACUAUUGGAUCAUUCAAACGAAGAAUUUUACACAGGCGAUUUUAGUAGAAACUCUGUUACUGGGUCAGAUAAAUUUAGGAUAUUAAAUAAUUUAUCUCAGAAAUACAACGCUUCUGGGAAACUACUGUGGUUCGUAGGUGAUAGUGAGACUGAUUUAUUAAGUAUAUUGCAACCUGAUGUCAAUGGAAUAUUGUUAUUAGAUCCUUCGAGUUCAGAAAAAAAUAAAGUUAAAUUUUUGAAAAUCGUAAGAAACUUAUUAAAUGCUAAUAAUGAAGUUAUAAAAAAUUAUAUUCAAAAUGAGAAUGUUCAAUUUGUUAAACUCUUUGAAAAAUAUAAAGGAAGUGAUAGGUAUGUAUACCUUGCCAAAAAUUGGAACGUUUUUGUAAAAUUAAUAAUUUAA